CGGAGAACCCUCGCACCCUUCUUGGAGUCGCUGCGCUGCCCUUCACUCAUGUCGUCGUCCACCUCGCGGCUGUCUGACCCACCCCCACACCCCGCAGUGGACGAAAAGCGAGAAGAGGACCAGGUUGCCGCUCCGGCUAUCGCUGACCCGGUGAGGAUUAGACAACACACAUCAGCCACUCGCAAGGUGCCUUGAUGCAGGCCACGGACAACCAGAUGACACCGUCAGAAAGUGUCCAGCACCGUGAUGAGGUGCCUCAUCGAUGCACCAACUUAAAGAUUCCCAGGUUGGGGACAGAUGAGGUGUCAGCUGAGUCAGACAUCCUGCAAGUAAGAAUGAUGAGUCUUGCGAGACCGACGUCUGAUGUCUAUUAUCUUAAUGUGACGUAGCGCUAUAAGACUUCGGAUGACCUGUAUGUAAUUGGCAUCGAGCUUAAACGGAAGAUAUCAAAGGCCUUGCCACGGUAUGAGGAGUUGCCGGCUGAAGUGGCUGACCUGGUCCGGGAGAUCGAGAUGUGUACAGAGAUGAUUUGCGAAAGCGUCGAAAAACGUAUCGACAAUGGAGAAAUGGAGGAGACAUGGACGGAGAGCUGGACGGAGAGCCUUGUGGGUCCAUUCAAGAAGAUCAUGCAGUCAUUCCAGAGCAUAUUAGAGGAGGCAGGGUCACGGAGAUCGGCCAAUGUGCAUGACACCGUCAGUGCACUCAUUAUCGAUCUUCUAACAAGCUAUCAGUUCUGCGAGCACCUCACUCCCGAGGAACAAGAGGAGGUACUCGGAUCGGAGAUUACAACACGUCGGGACACUACACUUGCACUUCCUACGACUGCAGUCCACGAGGCAGCACGUACGUCGCCUAGCAUUACCUAUUCUCGGCACAUACUCAUUGUUGUUUCCCGUCUGGAUGGCAGGUAUGGGAUGGUUGGGACCGUUUGAGAAGAUGAUCGCAAAUCGGCCUCAGCUUCUGACCCGGACGCUAACUGUCGCGGCUGACGACAAUAUAUUGUUUAACGAGGUAAGCUCUCUUUACAUGCCAUUAUACCAGAAAAACUCGCGUUCUUCUUCUCUUCAGUCUGGCUACACGCCUCUGCACGUCGCAACGAGUGUGUAAAGGAAAAAGCAACCUCCCUCUGAUCACGAGGCUUCCUAUCUGUUCAGAGUAUGUCAGACCAAAAAUCGUUCGACUGAUAUUGCAGCAAUAUCCUGAUGCCCUCAAUCAGAAAGACAAGGCAGGGCUUCAUUGAACCUGUCAGUCUCCCCCCCUCUCUCUCUCUCUCUCUCUCUUGCCGCUUUUGACGCAGAUAGGGCACACCGCAAUUGACCUCGUUGUAAAUAUGACGACAGGGGUUGAUGUCACACUUGCAAUGAUAGAAGCCGGCGAUGUCGUCAUCUUCAGCAUGCUCCACGAGAGGGGCAAGCUGAGCUAUCUAUGGAGGCAAGAGAACCUGCUCAAGAUGCUCCCUUUCAUCAAAGACGCCAUCAUCUAUUCGCUGAAGCAGUCCAACGACAGCGAGAUCAUUCUCGUGGCACUUCGCUACCUUUCUUCGUUUCGCGACUCGACUGGCUCCCGAAGAAAAGACUCACGCACACAGUAAGAAAGACACAUACGCUUCUAAUGCCAGAGUCAACCGUUAAUGUCUCUAUGCCUGGCUGCAGAGAAAUAGAAGAGACGGGUGAAUGGCUAGAGGUAUGCAGAUCCCUGAAUCAGCAGCGCCUUUUGAGACUUGUCGGAUUGACCUCUGCAGGGCUUUUGUACCAAGGCGAUGGCAGAGAUUGACGAGAAGUCGCUUCUUGUUACACUAAAGAACCGUGACAGAGUUCAAGAGUAUUUUCGCUUAGUGGAUUCCUGCAAUGGAUUGCAGGCAGUGAGCGAAGGUAACAGACAUCGCCAUGUUUAGUCAAUCCGAUCAUUCUUCUCUGCAGCCAACAGCAUUGAGCUCGUGGAUGUAUGUUGGAGUAUGCCGUAUUACGAAAAUAUCAGUCGGGCAGCAAGUGAUGAAUUUCACUUGUCGCAUCUACGCUUCUUUACUCCAACGGUUGACACGGACCGGCUUGUGGUUUCUCUGACGCCUCAAAUUGCCUUCAUCAGCCGAUUCGUCUCAAUGGCUUUCCUGUAAGCCAACGAGAGAGGGGCGAAGAAUAGAGGACGUCAGAUGUUGUUCCUUCAGUAUUGUAUUUGUUCUCGUCUACGUCAGCAUCAUAAAUCGAGGUGGAGAGGAGUGAUGGCUGUGGGCCGUCUUCGUUAUGGGAGCCGGCUUCAUCGCACAAGAGCUCCUGCAAGUGUGAUGGGAAUGGAGCCCUCAACGUUUCUUCUUUUACACGUCUCUGUCAUUCAGAUGAUCCGUUUGAGGGCUCGCUACUGGCAGGAGUACUGGUGAGACAUGAUCCGUUCGUGACGGUCCGUCAGAUGUCGCCUUCCUUCAUACUCAGGAACUACCUAGAUCUGGCGAGCUCACUUGCAGUUGUGGCACUCAUCGUGUCGUACUUUUGCGAAGCACCCCUCGAUGUCAUCACUGCCGCGCUCUCACUUGUGGGUCUCUUGUUCGCCACGCGAAUCCUCCAGAUUGCCACCCCCAAGUCAAACACAGGGCCACUCAUUCUGUGAGCGAAGAGGCAUCCAAUUGAAUGGCUUUCAUGUGAUGUCAUUCGUUACUCUCUUUAUUAAUCAGGGCUGUCGUGCGGAUGUUUGCCGACAUCUCCAUGUUUUUGCUGCUCUACGUCUACAUUCUACUAGCCUUUGCGGCCGCAUUGAAUAUACUCGCACAGGAGGGUAAUGAUGACUUCGGCACGUACGGACUAGCCGUCCUGACGCUGUUCUAUGGAGGCCUGGGUGAAUUCCAAGUGAGUACGAUCAGGAUUGCGGAGGAAGGUCAUGUCUCCGCACAUGGUGGCUGUUCAGGAUCCAUUGGAUCAUGCCAUUGAGGAUGGGCGCAUUCUGGCUGCCAUCCUUGUCGUCCUCUACGUCAUCCUAUCGUCCAUUAUUCUCGUGAGAUGCGACAGGCAGCUGAAAAUACAGCUGUGACAUGCAUCAUCUCAUUUCUCGCAGAUCAAUCUGCUCAUUGCCAUCAUGGUAAAUACCUUUUUGAAGGUGCGAUUCACAAAGGGACAAUUUGAACAUCUGCUUUUAGGCAUCUACUUGGGGCGCAAUUGAACAUAGCCAGCAUGCACACUACCAGUCAGUCAGAAGAGCGAGAGGAAGUGAACGCGGACUCUGUAUGAGCUGUGCGCAUUAUGUGCAGUAUGCUGCGGCUGCGUCUUCUCAACGAAUACCUGUGCAUGCAGAGCUACGAACGACUGCCGCCGCCAUUCUCGAUCAUGAGUGAGUGCAGUGAUGUCUAAGAGAUCAUACUGUGCCUUUGCGGAGACGCAUCUUGAUUGGCAGGUCUCUUCAUACUGGCUCCUCUGCGGUGCCUCUUCCGAAAAUGUGCAGAACCGGAUAUGAGUGUUCAUUCACCUGACACUGUAUUGGAACGCAUCGUGUGGGCCAUGAUAAGGGUCGAGACCGGCAUAUAUAUCUUUGCCUUCACCCCUCUAUUUCUCGUCCUCGCCCUGCUCAAGUCGCUGAUAGGGGGAGAGAGGACGCUGCUCAAAAGCUUCAUCUGUUCGCCAUGGAAUACAUUCCUUUUUACUUGGUGGGAGGUUUUCCAUCUCUUGAUACUCGUCAAAAAUGAUUGGAACGUAGGCAUUAAGAUAGAAGCGAUAUUACAAAGUAUCCCCUCUUUGUUUUCAGGCUGAUGUCUAUGGACGAAAGGAACGGAUAUAUGAACGAAAGGACACACCUCCAUCAGAAGUCAAACCUCUGCAAGCGUCGGACGCAAUGGUCGCUAAGAUCAAUAAAUGGAGUCGGGAGCUGGAUGGAAGAAAAGCAACUACACAAGAUAUAAUCACGAGUAAGAGGGCACUCAAAAGCUAGCCUUAACGUCAAAUGUGCUUUUUCUGUGGCUGCAUUCAGUCUUGCGAAAUAUACAAGAAGAGCGGCUAGAAAUUAAGAAGAAACUGCUGGAAGCGGUGCCACUGCUGCAAUUGAAGCCCUAAAAGGUGUGCAGCCAGUCAGUCCCAAAAAAACAUAUGUAUAGGUCUUGAUUUGAUCCACAGGACAGUCAAAACGCGCAAGAAAUAGAAGACAUUCGCUUUGUCCAUACGUCGAUUUUUUCCAUUUUUGGUUCUUCAGCCGUGAAGUGGGCAGCCCUUGGUCAGUCUCUUGACGUGCAGAUUUCUCGACGUGCAGACACAGUCUGUAUCAGUCCGUCUCUCGAUCAUGCAAUUCAUAUCGACGCACUACAA